UGUCAAAAUGGACGAAAGCUUCGACUCUUCUGUUGUCCCUGGCUCUCUGACGAGUGAUGACAGGGCUAUAUUCAACGAGCAAACAUUGAAAAAUGGUGAUGAAAAUUCGAAAAGCUCUCUUGAAGUGAUGGCCAACUGCGUUUAUCUUGCAAACUCAACAAUUCUCCGUGAACGGAAAGUUAUUCCUGCGGAAUACUUCCAGGAUUUUCAAGUUUAUGGAGAUGUCAGCGGAUAUACUUUGCGACAAGACAUUCCAGAAGGACGGAGUGUGUCUUCGAAGCUUUUGGCGUCUCAUGACGCGAUCCGUCAGAAACUCCUUCAGAAACUCGCUAUUGUCGUUGAAGAGUCACUAAACACGAAUCCCGUGGAAACGUUUGUCUGGACCUUUGUCUAUGACUCAACCACAUCUGCAAGUGCCGAAAUCGGAUACGGAGGGCGUAAAUCUAAAUUUGUGGUGAAUUAUUUAAACAUGGAUGAUACUGCUCAACAGUUUUGCAAGAUGUUCAGCGAGCUUAGAAAUGUUCUAAGCCUGCUCCGUCCGCUACCAAGAGGCCUCAUUCCAUCGAUGAAAGUAGCAUACAGAGGAGAACCGGAAUUCGUUCCCGGAUUUCAACAAGUCGACGAUUUUGUGAAUCCUGAGCAGAUCAAUCUUGGUGCUGUUAGUUUUCCUCACGGCAAUGGAUUUCAAUUCGCAUAUGCCUCGAAAUUCAUGGUUGAACAGCCUUCAGCCAUUCGUCCACCAGUGGAAGUUUCUCAUUUUGAAGAUGAUUUGCUCAACUCAACGAUCACACCGAUCGAAGUUGUUCGAGAUAACACAAUGAAUUGUGCUGAGAAUCCUGAACUUGACGAAAUCUAUUUUUCACCAGGUCGUCAAGAAGUACGUAUGGACGAAGAUGUGGCAAACGAAUCAAUUCGUUGUAAUCCAAGUAUGGCCAGUGAAAUGAUGGUUCUGCAGUCCGAAUAUAAUGUAUUGAUUGCUGAUAAUGAUGAAGUUCCAAUGGUUGUUGAAAGGGAACGUUCUCCAAUAGUGAAAGCUGCAAAGAAACGUUCAACGAGAGCUCCCGCUGUCCCGAUAACUCCAACGGAACCGGCUUCUCCCGUGGAGUCCCCGGUGAAAGAGCAACCUCAAAAAGCGCCAAAAGCUCAGAUGAGACGUUCCAGUAAACGCACCACGAAGAACAAUGAACGAUGCGAACAGAAAGAAGAAGAACCAAUAGUGAACCCAAAAAGGAGAAGUGCUCGUCGGCUUGUACCUCCAGUUGAAGUCGAUGAACAGCCAGAAGAACAAAAUGAUGAUGAUGCUCAGAAUUCUCUUCAAAUUGACUCUGAUGCUCAGAAUUCUCUUCAAAUUGACUCUGAUGCUAUUAUCACCUCUCCCGAGAAGAGAAAUGAAUCAAAGUCUGCAAUACCUGAGGAAGCUGCGGAUCUAGAUAAUACUACAUCUGAGAAGCAGGAGAGCUCAACAGCAAGAUAUGGCGUUUCAAAUACUUCUAUUAACAGGAAAAAACCAGACCCAGUUGCAAAUCCGGUUUCGGAAGAGGCUCAGGUAGAUUUGGCGAACGGUAGUAUCCCGGAUAAAAGACCACGGAAGAGAAAAUAUGGACGAGUGUCGAGUAUUCUCGACGUCGCUGAUCUGCCAACUGACGAUACAGUGGAGGAAGACGUUCGUGAAAGUCCCAUCUACGGUCGUGUACCAAGUAUAUUGGAUGUAGCAAGGGCUGAGGAGAACGAUGCUCAAAAUGAUGCUCAAGAUGCUCAAAAUGAAAUUGCUGUUGAGGGACUUGCCGACUUAUCAAUUGACACCGAGCAGCAUGAAGAAGCAGCUCCAAUUAAUGUUACUGGUCAUCAAUCGGAGAGCGUUCCAAUCAUUGUGACGGAGCAUCAGUCUGAAGAAGCUCAAACGGUUGUCACGGAGCAACCAGCAGGAGCAGCUUCAGUUAUUGCUGCGGAGAGACACUACGGCCGAGUUUCGAGUAUUCUCGAUGUAGCUGGUUCGUUCGCUGACGUAGAUCCAUCAGGUGCCGCUCCAGCUAUUGCCACAGAGAGACACUACGGCCGAGUUUCGAGUAUUCUUGAUGUAGCUGGUUCGUUAAGUGACGUAGAUCCACAGGAAGAUACCGAAAGCUCCACUCAAAACCAAUCGACUUCCAAGAAAUUCAAACCAAACCCUCCAAAGGCAAUGAGGUACGGCCAGUCGCCGAACAUGCCAAGUAGAAGAGGAAACUGAACGAUUUCUGGACAAUCGUGUACAAUUAUCAAUCUGUUCCAUUUUUUUGUUGUUUCUUCGAUUUCCUUUUUAAUAGUUGGACAAAUGCCUUAGUUUUCGAAUGAAUUUUUUAAAU